UAUGCCAGAGACGACCGAGGCGGGCUGAUCAGCACUUGGUGCGAGUCUGGAGAGUCGUGAAAAUAAAUGAAAUGAAGGUAAUAAUUAAGUUUGGCUAGGCGGUUGCCCAUUUGAUACACUGCUAACAUUCAUCCCAGGAUAGACAGGAUUAAACACCACUUCAACCUACAACAUCCGACGCCAGCGAUGAUGUCUUCACUUGUCGCCGACUACGGCUCUUCAGCGUCCGAAUCGGAAGAGAACGCCGAAAGUAGUGAAAGUUCUGGCGAAAGUGGUGAAGAGGAUCAGAGUAAGAAGCAUCCAGACAAAAACGAUCGGCCGAAGCUGCCUGUGCCAUCUUUCCAGUCUACCAAUCUAGGUUCGUCUUCGGUCUUCAACAAUCCUUUUCGUGAAGAGGAGGACGCGCAGUCAUCUAUCCUCGAAAGGCACGUCAAAAUGACGACGCCAGUGAGCCAGCAGACCACCGUUAAUGGGAAACAAAUAUGCUGGAACUACAGGAAGGGACGAUGUCGGUUUGGCCACAACUGCAAAUUCGUUCACGACAGCGAUGUUGUGGGCCUAUCUGGCUCCACCCAAGAUCCCGAACCUGCUGAACCAGAAGUUGUGGCGGCAUCAGCAGCCACGCCUUGCAAGGUCGGAAAUGAUGGGACUUCUCAGAAGCACAAGAACAAGAGACCAGGGUUGUCAGACAGCGUGAUGCCUUCAAAAAAGGCCAUGAAAUUUUACCACAAAACUCAAGGCAAAUAAUAGUCAGCUGCACACGAGCUUGUGCUAAAAAAAAUUUCUCAAGAGGUGUGUUUUUAGCAUUACGCAACUUUGUCAUUGCAUAAGGAUUAUGCAGGAGGCAUGCUUUUGUAAAUACCAUACACGUGUGCAUAUUUGCUUGCAGAGCUGCAAGUGCACGAUUUUUUGUACUGCGCAGAUAAAUAUAUAUAUAUAUAUAUAUAUAUAUAUAUAUAUAGUGAGAAUUGUAGCUUAGUGUUUUUUUUUUUUUUGUCACACAUCUUGUAAAAUAAAUUUCAUUUUUCCACACCA